AUGGCUCUGAAGACAAGCUUGGAUGCUAACGUCCUUCUAGAAGCGCUACAGCAGAACAUGGCCUCACUUUCCGUCGACGCCCAAAAACGCGCCGAGAAAGACGCACAGAAGAAAGCUGCCAAAGCCGCAACCGCCGAAGCACGAGCAGCUGAGACACGCGCCUCCUCCAAAAUCCUCAUCAAACGCAUAGAACGCAACAAGCGCAAAUACGUCACCGCCGUACAGGGUUUGGAAGCCUUCGGUCUUGACAUUAAGAAGGUUGCCAAGGACUUUGGCAAGAAGUUCGCUACGGGAUCAAGUGUGACCAAAAUCCCGGGUGGGGGCGAGGAAAUCACUGUGCAAGGUGAUCUGAGCGACGAUAUCUUGGAGUUCAUGGUGGAGAAGUACGAGGUACCUGAGGACAACUGCGAAUUGGUAGAGGACAAGAAGAAGAAGAAGGCCGAGGGAGGCUGA